AUGAAGGAGAAACAGUCCAUGGCAAGGUCUUCGAUCCUGAGCGAAGUGUCCACCCGCGCCAGAUCCAAGCUGCCGUCCGGCAAGAACAUCCUGGUCUUCGGUGAAGAUGGUUCUGGUAAAACAACUCUCAUGACCAAACUACAAGGAGCAGACCAUGGCAAAAAAGGAAGAGGCCUAGAGUAUCUCUACCUCAGUGUUCAUGAUGAGGACCGAGAUGAUCAUACACGCUGCAAUGUGUGGAUUCUGGAUGGAGACCUCUACCACAAAGGUCUGCUGAAGUUUGCAGUUUCUGCUGAAUCCUUGCCAGAGACCCUGGUCAUUUUUGUUGCGGACAUGUCUAGGCCUUGGACUAUAAUGGAAUCUCUACAAAAGUGGGCUAGUGUUUUACGUGAGCACAUUGAUAAAAUGAAAAUCCCACCAGAAGAAAUGAGAGAACUGGAACGGAAGUUUGUGAAAGAUUUUCAAGACUAUAUCGAGCCUGAAGAAGGUUGUCAGGGUUCCCCACAGAGAAGAGGGCCUCUGACCUCAGGCUCUGAUGAAGAAAAUGUUGCCCUGCCUCUGGGUGACAAUGUGCUGACUCAUAACCUGGGGAUCCCAGUGUUGGUGGUGUGCACAAAGUGUGAUGCAGUAAGCAUCCUGGAGAAGGAACAUGAUUACAGGGACGAGCACUUGGACUUCAUCCAGUCGCACUUGAGGAGGUUCUGCCUCCAGUAUGGAGCUGCCUUGAUUUACACGUCAGUGAAAGAAGAGAAAAACCUCGACUUGUUGUAUAAGUACAUUGUUCAUAAAACAUAUGGUUUCCACUUUGCCACACCUGCCUUAGUUGUGGAAAAGGAUGCAGUUUUUAUACCUGCAGGCUGGGACAAUGAAAAGAAAAUAGCUAUUUUACAUGAAAAUUUCACAAGUGUGAAACCAGAAGAUGCAUAUGAAGAUUUUAUUGUGAAACCUCCUGUAAGAAAGCUGGUCCAUGACAAAGAGUUGGCAGCAGAGGAUGAGCAGGUGUUCCUAAUGAAGCAGCAGUCACUCCUUGCCAAGCAGCCGGCCACGCCCACAAGAGCCUCUGAAUCCCCUGCAAGAGGACCCUCUGGCUCUCCAAGGACUCAGGGCCGGGGAGGGCCGGCCAGUGUGCCAAGCGCCUCCCCAGGAACAUCAGUAAAGAAGCCAGACCCAAACAUCAAAAAUAAUGCAGCAAGUGAAGGGGUGUUGGCCAGCUUCUUCAAUAGUCUUUUGAGUAAAAAAACAGGUUCUCCUGGAAGUCCAGGUGCUGGUGGUGUACAGAGCACAGCCAAGAAGUCAGGACAAAAGACUGUGUUGUCAAAUGUUCAGGAAGAACUGGAUAGAAUGACUCGAAAACCAGACUCCAUGGUAACAAACUCUUCAACAGAAAACGAAGCCUGAUCCUCCUUAAAAAUGCACAUGUCAAAUGACCAAAUAACUAUGUAUAUUGAUCUGCUAAGACCAGGAUUUUUCUGAUAUGGCACAUGCUAUCAGUUUUUUGGGGUAGGGGAGAUGAACUUUAAAAAAUACUUCAUUGGCUUGUCCCAAGUGUGAAAUGCACAUUUUGGAAGGUUGUGUCAGACCCCUUAUUAAGGAUAACCCACUCUUCAGGCAUGUAGCUGUCGCAUGGGAAGAGCACAGCUGGGCUUGUAGAGAAGAGAAGGGGGCCCACUUUCCAUCAGAGUGGAGCAGAUGAGACCAGGAAAUCAUUAAUCAGAUGAUGGUUAGUUUGACCAGUUGUGUGUUAGCAAAUUCACUUGUUCUUGGGAAGCAGAUUAAGUAGCAGAAAGUCCAGGAAAGAAAGAUUGAAAGGAGAAAUGAGAGAAGUGAUGUGGGGAAGCUGAAUGUUGAGGGAGGCGGAGGAAGGAGGAGAUAAGCAGUGUUAGUAAAUACUGUGCUCAGUAGAGUCAAAUAAUCAUUGUUUAAGACUUAAAAUUAGAAGCAUUUCUAAGCUAAACACUAAGCAAAAUGGGAAUUAGACUUGUCCUGAAGGCAUCUUUUUAAUUUAUGGAAGAUGUGUUAAGUGUGGGGUGCCUGAGUCAUGUGGGGCUGACACGAGGGUGGGGAGAAUGGCAGCUGCCCAGGACCCACAUGCUUGGCCUAGGCCAUGUGCCCGGGGAGAGCCUGGGCUCCAUACAUUUGCAUUGUAGGGCAGGUAGUCACUGGGUUGUGUCAAAGUCAGCAGAUACAAUAUUAAUUUAUGUUUUCUAAAUAGUUCCUGCUUUGUUUUUUAAAUUGUUUUUGUUUUACUACCACAGGCUGGCCUACUAAUAGAAAAUGGGUGAUCGACCUCUCAUUUUAUCAUAAUGCAGUGUGUUACAGAAAGUUUGGGUGAGGUUGUGAAUGUCACUGUACUCUGGUUAAUUGGCUUGCACCAGUCCCUGCCUUAUAGUCUGUGGAAACCUUUAUUGAGUUCCACUAAUGUAAAAGGAUCUUGUCCCAGCACCCUGGUCUGAUCAGUGCUAUCAUCUGGAGGACAAAUAAGUGUGAAUGCUUUAUAUUGAAAACGAAACAAUUCUUUUGUGUUUUUCAUAAAAUACAGUCUUUUUUUUUCUUAUGGAAAUGAGAGUUUCAGAUGUCUCCCCAUUUAGGGCAAAUUCAUGCACACUGUCAUGUCACACCACCAUUCUGGGAAUGACUUCUAUGGACCUGAAAUGGCACUUUGAAUUUUACCUAUGACACAGCAUUUAAAUGCAAACACUACCAUGAAUUUCAUGUAUAAGACAUUUGUUGUGAAACCAAGGGAAAAACCACAGUUCACUUAUGUGGAGUUUACUUUUUAUAUGAAUGUUUGUUGUACUUUGUCUCAGCAUAACUUCCCUAAUGUCAUUACUUUUACAUACCAGAUUUGACUGACCACUAACAUUAUAUCCUGUGUUAUAUCACAAAACUCUUCAGACUGUCUUGAAUUGCUUUUGUAAAGGUCUGAACACUGUUAAGGAGAAAGUUGUGUAUUUACUUGCCUUUUUGACAAAAAGAUGUUUAUUGUGCCAGUUUUAUUGAUGAAAUAUACUAUUUUUUUUAAUUCAGCUUUUUUUUUUUUUUUUU